AUGUGGGAAGUGCAAUAUGGCGUGGGACAGGUUACGCCGAUUCACAUCAUGCAAGUCCAACGAAAUUUACAACAUCAAAUGGCGAUCACCGUACUACACAGCAUUGAAAGCCAAAAUUCGCUGAAGACCAAUGGAAGUUCGAGCACUUUGGGUAAUUCCCGGGUCACCUCAUUUCCGGGAACAAUCGGUGUGCAAGAAAGACGGACAUCUGUUCCAGAACAUGAUACAACGGUGAGAGCAGCUGAUGUUGAGGCACGUAUUGCGAAAAAAGUUGCACUUUUGGAUCAGCCAGUUCGAGAAUUUACCACAAAACCGGGAAAUUCACAGCAGCAGUUAUUUGAUAGUGCUUGCAAUUCAACUCUUGCUUCACCGGUUCCGUUCACGCUGAACAGCCCAAUGACGACACCACGUAGUACACCGGUUCCAGCAACAAGCGCAACUCUUGGUGGUACUCCAAUCCCGGUUGUUCGAGCCCUGUCCCGGGGAAGCGAAGAUGGAUUGUCGACAAUUGUCCAAAAUGUUAUCACCGCUUCCUGUAGCUCAUCGUUCAGUUCACCGGACCAAAAUUUGAUUAAAAAAGGUAAGAAUUUAAGAAUUUUGCAAGAAUUUGGAAGAAUUCUUAUCAAAAUUUUUGCGAAAAUUAGUUAUUGCUUGGCAAAAAAAUUCUACAAAAUUUUCGAGAACGUUUUAAUACUUAACGGGUUUGAUGUAAUGGUGGAUGAUAACUAUUUCUCAAUUAUAUGA